CCCACCAAUGCACCGCCGGGUUGGAGACGUAGGGGAAGGGAGGAGGAGCCCCUGCACCGUCUCAGUCUUCGCGUCGCUGCCCUCCAGCAUUCACGCCUCCCGCGUCCGUUCGUCGGCGCAGGCACACUCCGCUCGCCUGUAUACACGCACACGCGGCCGCCCCCGUACACGUAGCCACGCGUACACACGCCCUGAAUCCGGACGAGGACUUUAGCACACCAACACCUCCGCGGGAGGUGUGGGGGUGAGCCCCCAGAGGAGGUGUCAAUCCUAGCGCUGCUCAGUGACCAUCGCGGCGCCACCCAAGUAACACCUUUCGUCCGCUCUCCGGCCCAGGUUCGGGAGCAGAGCAGCCGAGCCACUACACACAGCUCUCUUUCUCGCUCUCUCUCUCCUCCUCUCUCGCUCUCGUUCUCUCUCUCUCCUCUCCUAUCGGCUUUUUGUCGUCCAGUGUCUCUCGCGGUUGCGGACACACACGGCACACUGUAAACUGUUUCCACGACGGCGUCGUCGUCGUCGUCGUGGUGUCGUCGCCGUCGUCGUCGUCGCCGUCGUCGUCGCCGCUGCUGCUACUGCUGCUGCCGCCGCGCCGUUGUCGUCCGUCGGACGCCGUUACUCCACGCGCGCCGGACGCCGCGCGGCCUCGCUCUCCGUUCCCAUCGCGCGCCGUACCUGCUCGCCCGCGCCUGGCCCGCGUACCGCGCGAACCGGCCGGGGAUUUUCGUCAGUGAGGUGAUCAAGAGUGUGCACGGAGGAACAACCCGGUGGGACCCGGUGGCCCGGGCACCAGUGAGUGCGCUUUAGUGAACGACAGUGAACGACAGGAUACUCAGUCAGCGCAAGUGUAAAUACAUAUAUUGUAUAUACUUAUAUACAUAUAUAUGAUAUAUACAUAUAUUCUUGAGACGUGACCAGUGGACUUUUCCUCUCCGUGCUCCGCGCACGCGUUCCUUCGUUCUGAUAAAGAUUAAGAAAGAGAAAAGGAAAGAUUCAAUGAUUGUGUCUGAAAACCGAGUUGAAUCGGGAGAAAGUGUGCUUCGAACCCGGUGCUGAACUGUGCUUCCCUUCUUCGAGCAAGUCGUGAAAACUAUUUUUCCGACUAAAGUGCGAGAGUCCGAGCGGGCUCAGCCGCCGCGCCGCACGGAAACGCUAGGCCCGUCGCGACGUACGAUGUCCCCUGGUGGAUUCGCGACGGGGCUCGUGGCGAUCGCAGGAUCCCAGUGGGACCGCGAGCCUAGCGAGGAUCGCGGGAUCCGUUCCUGAACGCUCUUCAGCACUCGGAACUGGCUGGUGAACCAUGUCCGAGAACGAACCGAACAGUUAAUUGUCGUGGACGUUUGUAUUCAUCCGUCACGACCAGUGCGAUUGGACUGCAAUCGACAAGGUGCCCGCGAUUCAAGUGUCGCCGAAAGGAAACUGUUAAAUCGAAGUAAUCAACAACAACAAUCGAAAGAAACAGGAACGAAACGUAUCGGGAGCUAGCCGGCUACAGUUGUUUUUAGUUUUCUCGGUUCCAUGAAGGGACAAGUGGUGUUGUUUAACUGGUGUUGGGUGAAGAGUGCGCGGAUCGCUCGCCGUUCUCCUAGGUCGUAAAUCUCGAGUGAGAGCCCUCCUAGUUUUUUGAGUCACUCGUAGAGGAAUCUCGCGCGACUCGGCACCACCCGGCCCGUCUCGAUGAGAUUCGAACAAGACACGGCGUGCAGGGGUACCCACUGCGCCAGCACUCCGCAACCCUCCGCGCUGCAGCAGCGAUCACGGGUCGAGGAGGUGGUGGAGGAGGAGGAAGUGGACUCCUCCGGGAAGGACAUCGAAGGUCAACGGCGUAGACGAGAAUUGGAGGCUAACGUGAUCGAGGGUGCGAACACGGGGCCGAGGGCCGAGGCGGGGGGGCCUGGGAUGGCGUACCCCGCGUCAGCGACGGCUCUGAAUCAGCACUCGCCAUUCGCGACGUCGAUCGCCGGCACGCCGUCCAACAAUCCGAACGGUCACAUAUCCGGUGGUCACCUGCCGGCCCCGGCCGCGCCGCGACCGACGGACUUCAGUGUGUCCUCGUUGCUGACCGCGGCCAGCACUCAUCCACCGAUUUUGGGUGGCUCGUCUUCUCAAGGUAGCGCUUCGCCGCCGCCCGGCGGACCAGGUAGUCCGGCCGCCGCGCCGGAAACACCACCGCCGUUGCCCAGCCAGAGGGAAUUGUCUCAUCCGUCCUCGGCGGUGGUCGUCGCGAGCUACUUCAGCGCUGCCACCCUGGCCGCGGCCGGUUUCUACAAUCCGGCGGCCCAUUUGCCGGCGACCAGCUCGCCAGGCCCGACGGCCCACCAUCUGUCCGGCAAGGGAAUCCUCAAUAGCGCCCACCAUCAUCCCCAUCUCAACCCCCACGGAAUCACACCGCCAGGCUUAGGCCUUGGCCCACACACCCCCGAAGAAGCAGCCGUCCUGGCGGCCGCAGCGGCAGCAUUGCACCACCACCAUCAGGGUGCACCUGGUGCGCCAACGAUGAGGCCGCUCAGGCCUCAUCUACCUCCGGGGAUGCUUCACACGUCGCCGCACCCCCUGGCGCCCCAUCACCCCCUCGCCGGCCCUCAUCCUGCCCUCAUGCCACCCCCGGAAGACGACGGUGUCGUCGACGAUCCAAAGGUUACCCUUGAAGGCAAAGAACUAUGGGAGAAGUUCCACAAACUUGGCACGGAGAUGGUGAUCACGAAAAGCGGCCGGCAGAUGUUCCCUCAGAUGAAGUUCCGAGUUUCCGGACUGGACGCGAAGGCCAAGUACAUGUUGCUGCUGGACAUCGUCGCGGCGGACGACUACAGAUAUAAGUUCCACAACAGCAGGUGGAUGGUGGCGGGGAAAGCCGACCCGGAAAUGCCGAAGAGAAUGUACAUCCAUCCGGACUCACCGAGCACUGGUGAGCAAUGGAUGCAGAAGGUCGUGAGCUUCCACAAACUCAAACUCACUAACAACAUCAGCGACAAGCACGACUUUGUAAGUAUUACGAUAUUGAACUCGAUGCACAAGUACCAGCCGAGGUUUCACCUGGCGAGGGCCAACCAUAUCUCGCAGCUAGCCUACUCGACGUUCAGGAGUUACGUUUUCAAAGAAACGGAAUUCAUCGCGGUGACUGCCUAUCAGAACGAAAAGAUCACUCAGCUGAAAAUCGACAACAACCCGUUCGCGAAAGGGUUCCGGGACACGGGGGCGGGCAAGCGUGAGAAAAAAAGGCAGGCGGUAUUGACAGUGUCGGGCGGCGGUUCCAGACUCUCGGCAAGUGGGCCAGCCUCCCCGGAAAAGCGGCGCUCGUCGAACUCCGUGAACGACCUCCUGGACGACGAAGACAAGCUUCUGGACGUCGUUGGACCAGACACGCCUCACCCAGGCCACCAUCAACGGGAACGGGAGCACUCCCGUGAAAGAGACGACAGGACCAGCGAACGAGGCGAGGGCAGCGAGUCGUCUGGUUCGGAAAGCGGCGGAGGACCAGGCCCAACGGGAUCAGAGGGACCUAGACCAGAAGUCUCAGUCGGUUUGCCGCUUCAUCCACCUUUGCUACCGUACCUCUACCCACCGGUUCCUGGACUGUACCCUGGUCCAGGUCCUUUAAUACCACCCAGUCACCUGGGUAUCCAUGGCGGAGUGUCGCCAGGCAUGUUGUUCAACGCUCAGCUGGCCUUGGCAGCGUCUCAGCACCCAGCCCUGUUCGCGCAUUACCAUCAUCCGCUAGCGAGUCCAUUGCAUCAGCUAAAAGGACAUCGGUACGCGCCGUACACCUUGCCAGCACCAUCCCACGGGUCCGCGUUCGAGACCGUGACGCCCGGCAGCAGGACCCUGAGCCCUAGGUCUCCACCACCGAGGCCGCCCACAGGCUCUCCAACCCCCGCUGCUGGCUUAACGUCCAGCAGUAGCUCCGCGGGCGAGCUGAAGUCGAUCGAGAAUAUGGUGAACGGCCUCCAGGAGAAAAGGAGACGCAGUCCGAGUCUGACGCCCGGGCACAGGGGCGACGCAGACGCCGGAGGAGGGAGUCCGUGACAGGAGAACGAGCCCGUGACUAGCACGAACCCAGACGACCCGGACGACAAGCGGUCCGCUGAACCCUGCGACUCCCAGGAGCUCUACGGUGACGAGAGGGAGCCGGACUCGACCUCUGAGCUGUCGUAGCGGGGCCGAGGGUCGUCGUCGGCUCGACCCGGGACCCUCUGUGCCCCGCUUCGGGAUGGUGACCGCCGUCCCGGACCCCUGCGCGUCCUCCUGGGGGACAGACGGCGACCCGGUUCAGGGACGAUCCAGACUACGAAGUGCAAUUUUACCACGCGGACCGGCCGGACACGUUCCCCCGCCGGUUUCCGGGACCCGGCGACUAACCUGGUCCCCUGUGAGUGUAUAUAAGAGAGAAAAACCACGGCGGCCGUGGCGGACGAGGGGAGACCGACGCGAACGGUGGAUCGCGCGGGGCCUGGGGCCCAUGGACGCUGCGCGGAUCACGCGAGUCGGUGGUGUACAUUGAGGUUUCGGGGCACGGACAGGUGGAACCAGCGUCGAUUCGCGAGCGGCGACAGUUGGCGGCUUCGAGUGCUUCGAGUAUCGUCCGCGGUACUUUUUGUUGCAACUCAACGAACGAAAGUCUGCAGAUGGGAUUUUCUUUUUGAAAGAAUGUUCGGAAAUGGUUUCCACGGUUCAUGGGUAUCAGAUGGUUGCAUAAGGUCGUGACGAUACUCGCAGCAUUCUCGAGCAACCCGGGUUAAACACAGUACAACGUUGUUAAUCAGCUGCGUUCUGAGCCGCGUGCGUUCUUAGAUGUAAGAGAGGGAGACAUUGCAAUACGACAGCACCUCUUACUAUUUGCAGCCCCUGUACAUAUGUACCCUAGUGAUAAUAUAUUAUAUUAUAUUAUAUAUAUAUAUAUAUAUUAUACAUAUAAAUAACUACUCUCUGUAUUAAUUAUUGAAUAUAAUAUUAUAUUAAUUAUUAGAGGGACGUAAACAAAAAAAGACGCAUAAACGCACGUUCGCCCGGUACAGACUCUCGGGAAGAGACCGGAAGAGAAAGGGCCGAAGAAAUGGUGAAACACACGAGACGGAUGGAAAAACAUACCGAUCACGGUCCUCAGACUUUUUGUAAGUUAAUCGUGGAAGGGAGAAAGAGAAAAAGAAAGAGGAAAGGAAAAGACGAGCGUCAUUUCUCGGUUUCGGGCCCCGCGCGGCUGGCGCCAUCUUGUCGUCGACGCCAUUUGAAGAGACCAUGUUCGGGCCGAGGUCACGGACGAUCUCUCUUCCGGAAAUUGAUCCAUGAACCCCUUCUUGCGGUCACCACUUUGGAAAAUGAACAAGAUGGUGGAGACCGCUGAUCCUGACCCCUAACUCCCGUCCCCAAACCUGGCCUCUUGGUCGCAUAUUUGUAUAAAAUUUAGCGGUCGAUGUAGAUAAUUUUGAGAAUGGGGUGGAACUUCGAGCAAUCGAUUUUUGGGGAUCGAAUAUCCGCAGGAAACAGUCUAGACGAAGAAAAUUCUAUAGAAAGAGAAGAAACGACCCCAAAAGUAGAGGAUGCUCGCGCCCCGAUUCUCGAUUCAGCCGUCAGUCCCUCGUGUCCCCGCGGUUAUCCCUUGAACGUUGGCCAUCUCGAAUUUUCGCGAAAGUUCCGAUCACAGGGGAGAAGUGCGACUCGUUCUCGUAUACGAUCACCGGUCACGAUUGCGCAGUUGUGUUUUCCUAUUUUUUUUUUCAGAAAUUUCGAUUUCGUAUCGUUUCCUCUUUCCGCUGCGCCGGAACCGUGCGACGAGAAUUGUAGCGAACAUUGCGCAACAUUUUGGUUUAAGAAUUGUAAGCGUCCCCAACGUAUUCAAGAUGCGCCCGACAAUUACUUUGAAUCGUGCUGUUCCACGCAACGAAUUUCGUUCACACUUCUCCUGGCUACCGUGUUUUCGUAAUCUGCGAUACGCUACGUUGUACAGAAUAUGAGAAAUUGUAAGCAUCCCCCCUCCGCCGCCGCCGCCACCCCACACAACCCCAACGAAUAUUUCCGUCAACGUCGCCACGAUUCAUUCUUUCGAGACGCUUUUCCGUUUCUUUUUUUUCUUUUUUUUCUCUCUCGAUUUCAGUUGUAGAGUAACUCCGUGAUACCUUCGACACUGUCAAUUUUAUUGUAUAAAUAUGUGAAUACAUACAAACUAUAUCUGUUCCUACUAUUUUUUUUCCUCCUUUUUAAUUAAUGCUACUUCGCCAGUUGCAAACUGUCAUUGCGAACGAUCUUUCUUUUUUUUAAUAUUUUUUUCCUAUUUAAAAUUUUAAAUAAAUACGAUGUCUGUUAAACACUCCUCGGUAUUCUUUGUUUUUAUUUUUCUCUGUUGUCGUUUACCUCUCCCGAUUUUUUCUUUCUCCUUCCAUGCUCCGCCACUGCGAACCCGUCGCCGAGCGAACUUUUUGUAAUCAAAAUCAAAUUGAGGUUGAAUAAAGUCCAAGUCAAAGGGUUAAAGGCGGUGAGGUUUAACAGAUUCGAUCAAUUGCUUGCUCCAUUCGCGAGGGAAGAUCGUUUCGUCGCGAGAUACAAGGAAAUGAUACGGUAAAACUUGUUUCUAUAAUUUGUACGCGUGAAAAGACAAUUCAGGAAAGGAAAACAGGGUAGAUACGCGGCGG